AUGCUAUUGCUAACACUUACUUUACUGUAUGCCUCAUUAUGGAACUCUGCGCAAUCACUGGAAUGUUAUACAGGAUUUUCAGUUAUUCGUGGCCAAACAGUUGGUACUACAAAAGAAGUUUGUAGCAAGGAAACUGAUUCUUGCUAUCGAGCCAAGGCUGGGGUCAAUGUAUUAAGUACCAUUAAAAAAGCAGGCUGCUCUACUGUCCGAUGCUUUCUAAAUAAGAAUAAAUGUUUCGAACAAGAAAUGCUUGGUAGCAAAGUGAUAUUUUGUUGUUGCAAUGAUCGGGACCUGUGUAAUACUGCUUCCUCUUUUGCCAUGCGAUUAACGACGAUUGUUACUGUUAUUCACAUGUUUUUUUGUUUAUCACACUUGAUAUUAUAG